AUGUGCAAUGGUAGCUUUUUCUCACUGCUGCUUCUGCUCCUAUUAUUUUCAAGAGCAGAUGCUCUUUUUGGUUACGGUUUGAUUUACUGCCAGAUUACUUUCCCUAAUGACAUGUUUUAUGCGGAGGAACUCUACUGGAAUAAUGUGCUUCAAAUCCAAUACAACAGCAAUUUGGGAAAAUAUGUCGGCUACACAGAAAAGUUCAAGGUUUUUGCAGAUUUGCUCAACAAAAACCCUAUUUCUAGGGAAGCAGCAAAAAGGAAUGAAGAAAAAUGCAAAGCCAGUGCAUUGGUACUUGAUUCCCUUUCAAAAGCAGUGGAGCCCUCUGCCACAGUGAGGUCAGUUGAGGCAGCAGGUAGUCAACAUCCCAACAUGCUGGUCUGCAGUGUGUACAACUUUUAUCCGAAACAAAUCAGAGUGACGUGGCUAAGGAACGGAAAGGAGGUGACAACUGACGUGACGUCCACUGAGGAACUACCCAAUGGCAACUGGCUUUACCAAAUCCACUCCUACCUGGAGUUUACACCCGAACCUGGAGAGAAAAUCACCUGUAAGGUGGAACACGCCAGCCUUAAGGAGCCGGGGCUUUAUGACUGGGACCCAGCACCUGAACUACAGAACAACAAGAUGGCCAUGGGGACAGCAGGGCUACUGCUGGGUCUGGUGUUUUUGGUUGCUGGGCUGAUUUACUACAAGUACAAGAAGAACACUGCUGGUGAGAGACAGGAUCAAAGCCAUGAGUUGGUGCCAACAGGUUAA